CGUCGCAUGACCUACACGGAACAACAGACUGAAACACUUCGGAUAGAAUCAGAAAUGAUUGCUCGUCUCCCUCCCACCGAUGCUGAGCUGGACAACCUGAACCAGCAGGGAAGAAGUCCCGUAAUAAGGGCCGACGUCGACGCAGGCACUUGGUGUUGCUGGAAUUGCGGGACGAUCUAUCAACCGAUCGCGAAUCUGUUCGUGGAUCUUCCUUGGCCAAGACGCACCGAAAACACAUGUACUACUCCCCCGGUCCUGAACACUUCUUUCUUUGAGUUCAACCUCACAAACAUGUCCGCUUGUGAUGUUCCUCUGACCAUGCCCGUGUACAAUCAGGGUGACAAACCUUCAUGCGCCCUCUACGCGGUUGUAACCGUGACCGUCCUCACCAAGAAAAUUCUAUGGGCUAGGGCUCGAACUCCUGCUGCCUUCACCCUGCCAAUUGACAUGAAUCUCCUCACCUAUCUUUUCUUUACCAACAUUAAUCAUGACCCGAACAGACCUGGCACACAGAUAGCAUUAGCGCUUAGCUACAUGAGAGAUGUAGGUGCGCCGGUGCGUCAUCGGGUCUCACCCGGCGCCCAGCGACCUCAGCCCGCACACAACCUGAGGAUAACUAGCUAUUUCCGUGUAGAUGUAAAUGAUGUUGAUCUUGUUACUAGCCUCGGGAAUCCCUCUCAUAGCAGGGAUAGCCUCUGGACGCCGUAUGGACUUCGCUACCUCUCGCAACGUGUACAUACCACCACCACGUGGUACACAAGGCACGUGCAGACAUGCCGUGGCGCUGACCGGAGCCGGGUUGUAUCAGAUACUUGGUGAUUUUCUUUGCACGUGCUAUGCCAUCCAGGACUCUCACGGCAUCUUUGUCCACCCGGACGGCCAGUUGGGGUUUCACCCAAGUCGUGGAGCCUUGGGAGGCCGCUUUCACGUUCCUGCUAUCCACGUCAUCGACUAAUACUAUGCAUUCUACCUAUCUAAUUAGCAGUACUAGGGUUUGACAUUCGCUCUAUGUUGUCUAAUUGGUUGUAAUCUUGGACUAUUUUAUUUAUCUUGUAAUAUUCUGUUGUAAAAGACCAA